AUGUGGAAUCAAAAAGAUUCCCUCUGGAUUGAGCUGGAUGCAAAAUUUAAGAACCAAACAUGUGGCCUGUGUGGCGACUUCAAUGGAGUCCAGAUUCAUGAUGAGUUCAUUCAGUCAGGUGCCUCACGAUGGAAAGCCAGUGGUCCCACUGACAGCUGUGAAGAAACAGCCUCUUUAUCCAAACAGACUUGUGCAAAGCAGACAAAGACCUGUGAGAACCUGCUUACUGGACCAGCAUUCCUCAGCUGUCAAGACCUGAUUGACACCAACUCCUUUAUUAAAGCCUGUGAGGAAGACUUGUGUUACUGUAGCAGCAAUGCUUCAUGCUUGUGUUCGACAAUAUCAGAGUACUCCCGGCAGUGUUCUCAUGCUGGCGGGAACCCACAGCAGUGGAAGACCGCACAACUAUGCGCAAAAACAUGCCCCUUCAACAUGGAGUAUAAGGAAUGUGGUAAUCCGUGUACUGACACCUGCAGCAACCCACAGGGAAGCCGAACGAGUGAUGAGCACUGCAUAGAUGGAUGCUUUUGUCCAUCCGGGACCGUCUUUGAUGACAUCACGCAAAGCGGGUGUGUCGCUGUGAACCAGUGCUCCUGCUUGCACAACGGUCAGCGAUACGACCCUGGGGAGUCGUACUCAAAAGCCUGUCAAAACUGCACCUGUUCUCGGGGUCAGUGGAACUGUCAGGAUGUGGACUGUCCUGGUGUCUGCUCCAUACGUGGCGGCUCUCACUUCUCCACCUUUGAUGAUAAAACUUACACUUUCCAUGGAGACUGCUCUUAUGUGCUCUCCAAGGAAACUAAUGGGACUUUCAGUGUCCUUGGGGACUUGGUUGAAUGUGAAAAAUCAAACAGGGCAACUUGCCUGACAACAGUCACUCUACGACGACACGAGAACACAGUGGUUGUAGUCGAAGCCAGUGGGCAGCAGCAGCAACCACCACAGUAA